AUGCGAAAAGUGAGUGUGAGUGGUAGUGUAUUUGAUGACGCUAAGCACGUUGAUGGGCAGCUAGUGGCACAGAAACGGGCAAUAAUAAACCAAAUAAACAGUCUGAGAGAUGUGAAAGACAAGCACUUCACAACUAUUUAUAGCCGUUUGAAGGACGCGAUGAGGUUUUUGGAGAAGGAUUUUGAUAGGAAUUACAAGAACAUAAUCAUUGCUAUGUUCGAAGAUAUAAAAGAGAAGUCACUAUCGUGCACGACAAUUUGCUUUGAGGACUACGCUGGGGAAUUUGCGAAGGUCAAUUUUGCGACUAAAGUGGAGAAGUGGAUAAAGACUAUUGUGGAAAAGGAACCGGUGAAGGGGUGGAUGCAGACUUAUUUUAAGCAAGAAUAUAAGACCUCUGAUUUCAAUAAAUUCUAUUCAGAUAGGACGGCAGAUUUCGCCGGUAUCUUUAGGCAAAAGCUGGACGAAGAUAUAAAAGUUGCUCAGGCAAAGAUCAAUGAGGACGGUAUUGAUACAUUUCUCAAGCAAUUCGAAGCAAAGCUUGUGUCGAAAAAACUCGAUGAGCUGGUCUCUGGGAUAGUCGAAGAAAUUGAGAAGGCUCCAAAAUUGAAGCUUUCCGAUCCGCCAUCGCCUUCUCCAUCUUCACUAUUGAACGCCGUAGUAAUAACGCUGGCAUCACUUUCUGCUACUGCCAGGCAAGUGUACGAGGAAUUUCACUCAUUCACCACAAACUCACAGAUUACCAACGUGACAAAGGCUAUGACCAAAAUCGGAGAAAUCGAAAAUGAGUUUGGUGACGGAUUGAAUAAUAAGGGGAAAUUUGGCGGGUUGAUCGACGCCGCAUUGGCAAACGUUGCCGCUCCUAUUGAAAAGCUUACCACAUUGCUAGACCAGAAUGAUAAGGAAGGUUCCAUUAAAUAUAAGCUUGGCGAUAAAGUUAACGGACUACAAAAAACCAUUACAGAGCUUGACGACAUUCGAAAUGAAAAAAGUACUAAAAACAACGAAGAUGGCAAAAUCGAGAAGCAAAGGAAUGAAGCGGCACGGCUCAUGGAUGAGUUGAAAGCAGAGAUUAAAGGGAGAAUACAAGAAGUCCAAGCAAAAGUGGAGGACGCCGACAAAGCUUUGAAGGAAGCCAUAAACACACUUGUAACCGACGUCAACAAGGCCUUCCAAAACCUAACAAACGAUGUACAAUUGUUUUAUGCACACUCCCACAAAGCCGACCUCCAAGCCCUCCGAGAGCUACUGCAGGAGCGGAAGAACGCAAUCGACUCCAUCAUCGACACCGACAAAAGACGGGGCUCAAGGGCUUUUUGA